AUGAAUAGUAUCAAAUUAUCAAAAAUCUAUUAAAAAUAAACAAAGGAAAACAAAUGCUAAGACUAAGAAAGAACGGAAAUUCCUAUUAAAAAAAAAGUUAAAAUAGAAAAUAAGCUCAUUAUAAAAUUGCCAUUUGCUGACAUACUUUCCUCUGAAGAUGAACCUAGUGAUAGCAGUUAAAUUUUAACAGGUAUCAGAACAAAGUUUGUAAAAGAUGUUCCAAAUCUUGAUUCUCCUAUUUUAAGUAAAAAGCCAGAGUGUAAAGAGGAUUCUUAAUUAUUUUGA